ACCUGGUUUGAGAUCAAAGUACCCAAGACCAAUCUCAUGGAUGCUGGCCAGGGCCGAGGUGACCUCGCCUAUUACAAAUCUAGUCGACUCGUGAUCCAAUGAUCCGUUCGUUUUCAGCAAUGUAUGCAGAUCGCCGCCACUGGCAUAUUCCAAGACAAAGUACACACCUUCGCGAAAUCGAAACGAUGAAAUCAUUCGGGCAAUGCAUGGAUGGGAGAGCACCCUGAGAACGGCCAAUUCCCUCUGAAGUGGUGCCUCGUACCCGAUUUCCUUUAUUUUUUCCGUCGAAACCACCUUCACGGCGUACUCCGACCAAUGAGAACGUGUCGUAGUACGAUCGAUCCUCCGUGCGUAUCGCACGCAACCAAAGGAACCCUCCCCGAGAGUAUGCCCAAACACUAGAUCGUAAAACCUCAGAGUAGGCAACAGAGUCGGGCUUUCCUCCAUUUGGGUUUUGGACCAGGAGGAAAUGCCUUGCUCCUCCUCCGGAGGCUUGAUCAUAUCCAUGUACGCUUUCACACGGCAGGGUGCCGGCUCGGUGUUGGCACCAUCUCCCUUCGGCAAUGAUCCGUUCCCGAAAGCGUCAUUAUUCGAAGCAGCAGUCUUGCCUGUUGUUUCGCUGCGCAAAGCCCGGGGAACCAUGGGGAGCUUGUUCUUUUUUGCUGCCCAAGGCGCGACGGACUUUCCCAUCGGAGGAUGUUUUCUUCCGGACAUCGUCGUCGUUUUCGCAGCAUCUUCUCGCGGUCCUUUCAUGGCCCAGGGGGCGACACCGGUGAUUCCCAACGGGGGAUUGCUGCUUGUUCCGCUUGGUCCUUUCAUAGCCCAGGGUGCGACACCUGUAACGGAUACUGGUGGAUUACUAUUUGAGCCCGAAAUACCACGACGGCGAUUUCGUGGAAACGUUGCCAUCACCAUGUCGUUCGUGCCAAUUGCAUUCCCACUACGAGCAGGAGGAGUCCAACCAGCCAUAGCCGACCUGAUCGUAUAAUCAGCCGGUAAAAGCGACGAUUCAACAUCCCUUGGUGCACUUCUGACAGCGUGAUUGUUAUUUGCCUUUGGUCCAGAAGAACUAUCGGCGGGAGGACCCGGAAGUGGUCGUUUCUGCUCCCGGUGCUCGUCGUUUUUGGCAAAGAAACGAUUUCCAAUGCUCACAAAUAGCUCGGGGUCGAGUUCCUGGAGGGUUGUUAGAACAGUAUACGUCAUUUUUCGCACCGUUGGAUUCCACGAUGGUUCCUUCCGGAACAGAAAGGGCAAGAGAAUUUCCAGCGUCAAUUUCAUGUUUUUUUCGAUCAAGCGAACAAAGGUUUUAUUCUUGACAAAGGGCAAAGCCCGUUGUGCCAAUCGAGAGUUUUCAGACGCCAUCGAGGAACCAAGGGUGCGCAACAGUGCCGGGAGGCUGUCGCCUAGCUCCGAUCCGGUAACACCAUCGUGAGUUUUUGUCCCUGGCAGGCAUCCAAUGUAGGUAUCAAUUUCGUGUAGAAGUAGCACGAGUUUGGGUGUAUUCCCAGCGCCCUUGUUCCAAAUGUCGGGCGCCAGCAAUCCCUCGAUGACUUUCCCAGUCAGCUCUGGUUUUUUUCUAAGCAGUAUCGCUAUGCACUUUACCAAGGGCUCGUGAUACAACUCCAACAGGCAUGUUUGGUCUCGCCACAAAACCAUCGAGUUUGGCCGAUGCAAUGGAAUCAAGUGCUGAAAGAGCAGGUGCUCAUAGGACUUGCGAAGCUGUUUUUCUUCUUGUUGCUGGCCCGUUUUCUUCGUCACCGCCGUUCCUAGAAGGAUUCGAUGCAAGACUCGCAGGGUCAUAGCAACCCCACUGCUACUGGUAUUUUCCGAUCGCAUACCGGAUCCACUUAAGCUGCUGCUACCACCACCUGAGGUAGCACGCAACUCGAAUCCGCUCCAUACCGAUCCCAGCUGGGCUCUGGCUUGACGACGAACAUCAACGGAUCCGAGGGAAUACCAUUCUCCUACUAUAAACUCUAAAUCGAGUACAUGGUUUGCAAAUUCUUGGUCCAGCCUUUCCUUGACUCGUUGACCUCUCUGUAGUUGUUCAAGUCGUGACUUGGGGUCUGCAACGCCCACACCAGGACGAUUCAAACCAUUAUUGCCACCCUCGACUCGCGAAAGGGAUUGCGAAUAUGCAUAAAUCUGUGAUUGGAGAUACGGAAGCUGUUCUAUUUGUUGGUAGAGAGCAUGUAUCAGCGGAUAAAACCUGAGCUUCUUGCUGCUAUCCAAGGCGCUGGUUGCUUUGAUGUCAAAAGAACAAUUCUUCAUAAGAUGAAAAGAUAGCGAAGUACUCCUGCGUUCGUAGUCACCGUUCCCCUCUUCGUCUGCAUCUACAGCCAUAGCUCUCCCUGUACCUCCCCCACCAACAUUCAAAUCCAUCCAGUAACGCAAGAAUCGCGUGACUCGAACUGAAAGUAUCGAACGAUAGAGCGAAGGCGUUGUCUCUGUUCCCCCAUCGAGGCCAAAGUCGCCGUCAUUACUUCCCAAUCCAAAGAACUUGUGUUGUGGUAUAUCAUGUGGCUUCCAUACCUCUAUCAAGAAGUUUUCGAUUGAUCGAUAGAAUUCAGCAUCGAAUGGCCCUGCAUCUUCCAUCAUUACACAGUCAUGUUCUCCAUCGUCAAAAAAGCCCUCGUGGCCAACAUCAACUUCAGAUGCGGAAAAUCCCAACCACGAUUCCAGGAGCGAUAGAAGACUCGAUGUCGACAGAUUUCUGUUUCGUUCUUUUCCAUUGCUGAUCUCGUGUAAAUCGAUGUCGACGCCUCCUUUCACCAGAAUUUCACAAACUAAUGCUUCCAUUGUCUAUUUUCUGCAUACCGAGAACCACUGUUGUGAAGUAAGUCAGUAGCAUUUCGUUUCAGGCCUGUCAUUUGUAUUCAGUGUACUAUCUUUGUGUGAACAAAUUCGUCGCAUCGAUGAAAAUUGGGAUACGCAUCAUAACCAGUACAGUACUACGCUCCAGCACAUGUGUGAGCCUAAAUCACGAGUAGAUAGUGAAUAAGCUCACUCUUACAAA